AAUAAAAUCGAACACAUACGCAUAUCAAAUGAAUUGAAUGGAUCUGGAUGAUGAUGAUAUAUUCGAAUUUUUUUUUUCAUUUGGCUAUAACUUUUCUCGAAUGUUCUACAGACAUGCGCAACAUCGUUGAUCGAAUCGAAGUUAAGCAGCACAUGUUCACAUUAUCUAUUUGCUUCAAGUAAAGACAAGUCACAUUUAUUGCCAUUUACAUUUGAUCAACGAUUUGCAUCAUACAUUUUUUUAAAAGCAUUUUCAAUCAAUUUCAUCAAUCUAACAAAAAAUAAUAAAAAUGGCCGGUAAUAUUGGACGUCGAUUAAUUCCAUUGUUGGAUCGUGUACUUGUCGAACGAUUUAUACCACAAACAACAACAAAAGGUGGUAUUGUUCUACCAGAAAAAGCACAGAAUAAAAUACCAACCGGUACUGUUGUUGCUGCUGGUCCUGGACGUACAACUGAAAAAGGUGACGUUAUUCCGAUGGGCGUGAAAACCGGUGACAAAGUACUCUUGCCAGAAUAUGGUGGUACAAAAGUCGAAAUCGAAGAUAAAGAGUAUUAUAUAUUCCGUGAUUCGGAAAUUCUUGGAAAAUGGCAAGACUAAUAUAAAUAAUGAUGAUUGGGAUCAUUUCACAUUUUCAGCUACAUAUUUUUUUCUGUCCAAAAUCAUUUCAUAAUAAAUAUCAAUUAGUUUAAUUUUGUACAAAAGAAUGAAUUGCUGUCCAAAA